AUGGAAGACGGGAAAUUACCAGGUCAGUGUUGUUCUCUUCAUCCUCUCUACAUCUUUUACAUGUAUAUAGACAAAUUCUCAGACUUGACAUUCACUUUUCAACCAGCGAUUUCCAGAACAUUAAGAUACAUCCAACCGUCCGACUACUUGUUCCGGGUAGAGUGUGUCUCUUCCCUGAUGAACACAAACAUUGAAAAAUAUGAAUCAGGGAAAUUUGAAGCAGGUGGCUACAAAUGGAUAGCAGAUACUAAAAAGCUUCCUCUUGGUUGGGAGGUUAAUGUUAACUUCAAAUUGUUUGUGUUUAAUCAUAAACAUGACCAGUACUUAACUGUCCAAGAUGCUGGUGGGAAGCUAACCCGCUUCAAUGUGAUGAAGACUCAAUGUGGUUUUCCUCAGUUUCUUUCGCUAGAUGUUCUCAAUGAUCCUUGUAAUGGAUACCUGAUGGAGGACUCUUGCAUAUUCGGAGCAGAGGUUUUUGUUAUGAAAUAUAGUGGCAAAGGGGAGUGUCUUUCCAUGAUAAAGGAACCUGUUGAUGGUACUUUCACUUGGGUGAUUGAGAAUUUCUCUACACUGAAGGAGAAAGUCAUGUACUCUGAUGUAUUCACUGUUGAAGAUUUCAAAUGGAAGCUAAUUCUCUACCCCAAAGGAAGUUCUAAGACAAAGAACAAAAGCCUAUCCCUCUUUCUAGAGCUGGCUGAUUGUGAAACACUUGAUAAUCAGAGUAAGUUGUAUGCUGAAUUCGAGCUGUUGAUAAGUGAUCAAGGCAACCUUGGACAUGUCAAACACCACGCUAAGAACUGGUUCUGUCACUCAAAGAAGGAAUGGGGACUCCAUAAUAUGUUAUCUCUGUGUGAUUUCAAUAACAAAUCGAAGGGCUUCUUGUCUGCUUCCCAUGUCCAUUUCCUUAACCCAAAAUUAUAUGCAGCGUACAAAUUAAUCAUUGCACUGACAGGCAACAUGAACGUGAAGGCCAUGGCAGAUUCCCGGAUUCAAAUGAUUGCAUUGUUAUAA